AUGGGGUCUUCAUUAUUUUCUUCAACUGCCAUAUGGGCGGUCCUCUUUCUAGCCCUACUUCAAGUAGUCCUCGGCUCACCACUUAUACCAAAGCGAGCCAAAGGACCUUGGAUGGGUUUAAACACUGACUUCCCGGACCCGAGCUUCAUGAAGGCCGCCGAUGGAAAGUGGUAUGCCUUUGGAACGAAUGGCAAUGGCAAGCGUGUUCAAGUCGCGGUUUCGGAUGACUUUUCCAAGUGGACUCUUCUCGAUAUUGAAGCUCUGCCAACCCUGGCAGGCUGGGAGACGGAGAAAGAUCACUGGGCACCGGAUGUAGUGCUACGAGAGGACGGGAAAUACGUCAUGUAUUAUUCUGGAGAAUCAAAGAGCGAUGCUCCCCAUCACUGUAUCGGGACAGCUGUCGCAGACAAGCCCACAGGACCAUACGUCCCCAACGAGACCCCACUGUCUUGCAGACUAGACCGAGGAGGCUCCAUCGACUCAGCCGGCUUCUGGGACAAGGACGGCAGCAGAUACGUCGUUUUCAAGGUCGACGGCAACAGCGUCGGACACGGAGGUGACUGCAACAACGGCGUCGCUCCUCUAGUAUCCACCCCAAUCUUGCUGCAAAAGGUCGAAGCAGACGGCGUCACCCCAAUCGGAGACGCAGUUCAGAUUCUCGACCGCAACACCAACGACGGCGAUGGACCCCUCGUGGAAGCGCCGAGCUUGGUGCUGCACGAUGGAGUUUACUUCUUGUUCUACUCGACCCACUGCUUUACGGAUCCCAAGUAUGAUGUUCGGUACGCUACUGCGACCAGCAUCACGGGGCCUUAUCAUAAGUCGAAUGUCGAGUUGAUCAAGGGCGGGGAUUAUGGUGGUCUUAUUUCUCCUGGUGGUGCGACGGUGUGUGGAUGUGGAGAUCGCAUGCUGUUCCAUGCCUGGUGUGAUAGCUCGUUGAAGAAGCGGUGCAUGUGGGUGGCGGAUCUUCAUUUGAGCGGGACGACUGCCACUAUUGUUUAG